UAUAAAUUCAUAAAUCAAGAACUCAAGAGAAAAUCAAAGGUAAGGAGAAAAAAAAUGGAACCAUCAAAGAAUGAGAUUUUAGAUGCUCCACUUCAUGAAGUUGGCUUUAAGAUCUCAGAAAUCUCCUCUCAUAAAAUCACAGGCCAUUUUCCGGUAACCGGAAAAUGCUGCAACCCUUUCGAGGUAUUGCACGGCGGAGUUUCAGCAUUAAUUGCUGAAGCUCUGGCAAGCAUGGGCGCCCAAGUGGCGUCCGAAUUUCAAAGAGUGGCUGGAGUUCACUUAAGUAUUCAUCAUCUCAAGAGUGCUCAUCUUGGUGAAAUUGUUUAUGCUGAAGCUACACCUCUUAAUAUUGGAAAAUCUAUUCAUGUUUGGGAAGUGAAAUUAUGGAAAAAUGAUAAUUCUUCAAAAUUGGGAGAGGAUAGAAUUUUGAUUUCAUCUUCAAGGGUUACUAUCAAGACUAAUAUGGUUGUACCAGAAAAUGUCAAAGAUGCUGCUAUGAAUCUCAAGAAAUAUGCCAGGUUAUGAUUAGGUCUCGGGGCAGAAUAAAACAGAGGCGAAUUUAAUAUUUAAAUUUGAAGAAAUUAAGUUUAAACAUUUUUAGUAAGAAUUUGUCUUACUUUUGAUAUUAUGAAUUCAAAAUUUGAAAUUUAUUAAUCUUUUUUAUUAGUUGUAUGUCUUUUCCUUUUCCCUUUCUCUUCUUCACUUCGAUAGCAUUAGUGUUAGUUUAUUGUCCCUUUAUUCUUAGAUUGCUAUUACUACCAUUUAAUUGCUACCUCGGCUUGGGUCCU